GGAUAAUCUCGCGCUUUCUCGGACAAAAUGGAACAUUCUAGUUUCUAUUCUGAUGUCAGAGGGUUACAGUUUAUCCUUAAGCUCACCUUGGGAGGAAUUAUUGACAAAACUUCAAACUGCUUUCCCUUUAUUAAGGUGCGGGUCAAGAAUGUCCCAAAGUGAUAUCACUGAAUUGAUUGAUAUUUAUAGAGUUUUAAUCAAGAAGAACAACUCAGUCAGUUUUAUAUCAGAUGAUGUCCGCCAUCAGGUGAUGAGUUACUUCGUGAAGAAUUGUCUAAUAACUGACGAGUACUACGAGGAUUAUAUCAAGUUAUCUUCAGUGGACUCUUUGUUGGAGUGCGUACGACCGUGGUGGUAUGAAGAUGAUAAAAUUAACAUAUGCCGCAAAAAAGUUUUGUUCCUACCGGAGAGUUUAGAGGAUUUAUUUAUACAAAGACUUGGAGUAGACGUCCUACGUCAUGUCAUGGUGGAAAGGAAUGAGUCGACUCAAGAUAGCAUUGAAACAGUCAGAGAGGCAAUUCAAAAAAAGUUAAAACUUCCAUCUGUUGUGUUUUUUGAGGAAAAUAGGAAUAAAUUUGUGGAAUAUGUGAAGAAAAUUUCAAAAGAAAAACAAGCUUUCAUACAUUCUUUGAACCUUAACAGUCUUUUUGGUUGGUUUUUAAUUGGAAGAGAAGACUACAGCUCUGAAG